ACUGCCAAACGAAUUUGAAGUUUUACAAAAUCGUUUUUGUAUCUAGAUUGUAUUUAUAAAAUAAACUAAAAUUGUCUCUUUUUAAAUUAAAACACCAUAACUAAAUAUUUAUUUGUAUUGCGUUGUAUGCCAAUUAUUAAGUGUGUAUAAAUGCUACUGAUUUACGUGUGUUAAAGUUGCCGACUGUUGUUGUGUCGCGUAAACAAGGGCGUUAACCAAAGUAUUUUGAAAGAAGUAUAAUGUACGGGAAAAAAGCUCCUUCGACUUAUAGAUCAACACCUUCUGUAUAUUCACACUAUACAGGAAAGUCAUCUACAAAUCUUCGCUCAUCAAAAUCCGUUAAAUCUCUGCGAGUACCAUGGUAUCAGAAGCCAAUCCUCCAUGAUGCUUUUGUUUUGGACUUACAGAGAGGUUCAUUACUAACAGGAUCUCUAGCUGUGUUUAUAGCUUUAUUUACAUUCGCCCAGAGUAUAUUUGACUUGUAUUGCCUUGGAAUGGCAACACCUGGUUCUGUGCAUUACGGAUACUAUGUGAUGAGCUAUCAAUUUGUUUAUGUAGGUAGUGCACCUGUUCGCAAUGUUCUCAUUGUGUUUUCAUUAUUUUCCUGGAUUGGAUCUGUUGCAGUAUUAGUAACUAGUAUUAUGCUUAUAAGUGCUUUGCGAAAAGAACAUGAAAAGCGCAUUGUCCCUUGGUUGUAUGCGUUUGGAGUAUUUAUAUUAUUUCGUGCAGUUGCAUUUAUAUUUGCUUCCAUAGUUAAUGACAUGAUAUUUGCAUACAAUAUAAUAAUGUGCCUUUUUUGGAUUGUUUUUAUUGUCAGCGGCAUCUAUGGAUGGUUACUUGUAUAUAGUUUAUAUUUGGAACUAGCUGACUUGACAAAGUUGGAAGAUUUGGCCCAUUUACGAAUGGGUACCAUGGCAUCUCUUAAUGCAUCUUUAGCUGGUUCAAGACCAACAACUCCACACUCAACGGUGUCUACCAUGCCUGCUUCACAAAUUUGAUAUGAAACCAAGCCUACUCUUGAAAUGGAACCAAUGCUUAAUGACGUUAAUGAGAGUAGUCUUGAAACUCCAGUCUAAAAAACCUAUAUUAUAAAUUUACAAUGUUUAGAUUUAAGAUUUUAAAAUAUUAUUAAGCUUGCAAAUAUGUGCCUUAAUCAAUUGGAUCAUUAAGACAUAAUCAAACUAAAAGAAAUCUCUUAAAUAAGGGAGUAGAUAAAGGAGAGUUCAAGUAUGCUAAAAGUAAAACGUUACGAUGCGGGGCGGUGAUUGAAUUAUGCGUUAUUAUAGUAUUCUCUUUUAUUAACAUAACUUUUACACAUUUAAAGAAAACACUUUUUUACGGAUUAUAGUUAUGUAUUAUUGUAUUUAAACGUAUAAUUAUUUAGAUAUAAUUUUAAAUUUUAUGCGUUAUUGUCAAUAUUAUUUUCGACUUUCCGGUACUUAAGAACACAUAAAUGGCAACUUUUAGGUUUAAUGAGUCACUGGGUAACGAAACGUUUUCUUAUAGGGUACAGAAAAACGUUACGGCGCGUUACAUGAGGGGGGGGGGGGGGAAGAAUCUCUGAAAAUUCCGUGACGUAAUGCCUGAACGCUCCCUAAUAUGUCCAUUAGUAAUUAUUUUUUUUAUAAAAUUUACAUUAAAUCAAAUGGCCGAUAAUUGACAAUAGUAUUAUAUUUGUCAAUUAUUUAAUUUCUAAGUAUAGAUUAACAUUAAGCCCUUAUUUAGUAUAGAUUCGCCGUCCUUUAUUUUAGUAUCCUAUUUUAUUAGGAAUCUCAUUUUAAAGUAAACUAUGUUUGCAUUUAAACUAUCUUAUAUGAAAUAGAAUAUUAUGUAUCUAUAUUAAAAAGAACGAAAAAUUCCACUAUCCUUAAAUACAACUUUUUUAUAGAUGUUUGCAUGAAGUAAUUUUUCAAUGUUUUAUAAUAUUUAGAUAUUAUUUUUGCACAAAGUUGUAACAUUCCUACAAAUAUAUUGCAACUGCCAUAAUAUGAUAAAUAAUGUUUGACCCACCAGUUUCUUAAUCUUAGGUAAUAAGAAUGUUAAAAUAAUAAGACAAGAAAAAUUUAACAACUUUGUUACUAAAAUCUAAUACAAUAUCUUUUGUCUGUAAAUAUUUGACAUAAAGAUAUAUGUGACCCGUCCAAGUUAUUAUUAAUUAAUAAAUGAUUUUACUAUA